UGGAGUCAGACACGCUCGCGCUGGAUGUGAAUCGCAUCUCUGUCUCUGAGAACCCGUUUUGCGUUUAAAACUAAAUGCAUUUCGAUCCGCUUAUAUAUUAGCAUAUAUGUGAGAGUUUUAUUUGCAUUCCCAAUCAAUUUCUUACCUUUUCUUUAGGUCAUUCCUUUAUUUAAUAGUUUUAAUAUGUUACAAUGCCGGCCGUGAAUAAUUACUGCAUGAUGGAUUCGAAUGUUUUAAAACGAUUGAACAUUGAAUUUUACACACCGUGAUCUGGAUUGUACUGUUUUUCCCCCAUCAAGUGAACGAGGAAACAUAAUGAGCCAAAUCAGAGGAAAAAGAUGAAGGAAUGAUCUGAGAGUGAAGCACCGGCUGAACACAAUCACACACAAGAAUGCGCAUUAAAUAUACCAUAUCUGUCAUCUUUAUUGUGGCUCUGGUCAUCAUAGAAAAGGAAAACAAUAUUAUUUCAAAGGUGUCUGAUAAGCUGACCCCGCUGACCCCGCUGGCCCUGCUCAGCCCGUCUCUCCUGUCUGCUCCGCAACACAAUGACUCGGCUGAUGUCUCGUCCGACCAACACAUGAAUCAUCAUCUGGUGAAUUCGACAUGGUCCAUCCAGGAGAGCGUCUUGCCUGUGUCUUCAGCGGGAGGACGAAAACACAUCCUUCUGCUGGCUACGACUCGCACAGGCUCCUCUUUCGUUGGUGAAUUUUUUAACCAGCAGGGAUCAAAUAUGUUUUACCUCUUCGAGCCGCUGUGGCACGUAGAGCGCAUGUUAUCGGUCGAGACCGGCGGGACGAACGCCACAGUUGCUGGACCGGCGUAUCGAGAUGUUCUGCAUCAGCUGUUCCUCUGUAACUUUUCCCUGCUGGAGAGCUUCAUCGAGCCACCACCGGAGGAUCAUGUGACCGCUGCGCUCUUCCGCCGUGAAUCUAGUCAGUCGCUGUGUGAAGAAUCUGUCUGCACGCCGUUUGUUAGAAAAGUGUUUGAGCGUUACCAUUGCCGUGAGCGGCGCUGCGGGCCACUCAACCUGACACUGGCCUCUCAGUCCUGUAUGCAGAAGGAGCAUCACGCGAUUAAGUCCGUCCGUGUGCGGCAGCUAGAGACGCUACGGCCGCUGGCCGAGGAUCCCAGACUCGACAUGAAGUUCAUCCAGCUGGUCAGGGACCCUCGCGCCGUUCUCGCCUCACGAAUGGUUGCCUUCUCCAGCAAGUACAAGAUCUGGAAGAGGUGGGCCGUGGACGAAGACCUUCAAGUGGACGAGGAUGAAGUGAGAAAACUCAAAGGAAACUGCGACAACAUCCGCAUGUCUGCUGAGAUCGGACUCAAGCAGCCACCAUGGCUUCGCGGACGCUACAUGCUAGUGCGCUAUGAGGACAUCGCACGAUUCCCCAUGGCCAAAGCUGCAGAGAUGUACGGCUUUAUAGGCAUUCCCUUCACUGCAACGGUGGAAGAGUGGAUCCUAAAAAAUACUCAGGCAUCUAAGGAGGUCAGUGGAGUUUAUUCCACCCAGAAAAACUCUUCUGAACAGGUGGAGAAAUGGAGGUUCAGCAUUCCCUUCAAGCUGGUUCAGUUGGUGCAGAAAGUAUGCGGCCCCACCAUGACUCUGUUCGGCUACAAGUUUGCUGAAAACAAAGAAAUGUUGAUCGAUAAAUCAGUAAGCCUGAUCGAAGAGAGAACAUUCUUAUGAUACGACACAUACUGCAUGAAGAUGACUGCUGAGAUUUAGGAAGUUGUUUGUGACAUGAUUGAAAUGUUGUGUGAAAAAUGAAUGACAACUUCUUAAGCAGUACUGAACAAUGAAAUAUUUCUUCUUCUUUUUUUGUUGAUGGCUAGUAAGUCAAAAGUGAUGUGCCCAUGUUCAUUUUGGGUAAAAAUGCAUAGUUUAUUUGACAAGUAGAAAAGAUAAUUGAGUUGAAGGACACAGCAGGUGUUUGAGGUCUUUUCUACUGUAUAUACUGUAUGUGUGUUUGUUUUGGGGGAAAUGUGCUAACAGAUGUUUCUGAGCUGCUUCUGUGUGUUCAGAUAUUCUUUCCUCUUACCUGCUGCUGAGAUAUCAAUUUUUCAAUUUCAAUUUCAAUUCAUCUAUAAAGCACAAUUUAACACAACUAUCGUUGACCAAUGUGCUGUACAAAGUAAAAAACAUAAAAUAAAACAACAACAAAGUCACAAAUAAAAACUACAAGACAUCAACAGUCAUAUAUUAUAAGACAGAUCAAAUAAAAAAUAUUUUAACCUAGAUUUAAAAAUGGACAGAGUAGGAGCAGUUCUAAUUUCCGUGGGCAGACUGUUCCAGAGUUUUGGAGCAGCUAUAGAAAAUGCUCAAUUUCCCCUAGUCUUCCUCUAGUCUAGCCUAGAUCUAGGAGCCACUAAGAGCUUCAAAUUAGCAGACCUAAGAGCUCUUGCAGGUUGAUGGACUGUCAGUAGAUCAGAAAGGUAAGACGGUGCUAACCCAUUUAACGACUUAAAAACUAAUAAAAAGAACUUAAAAAUUAUCAAAGACACAAGGAUUUAAAUGCACUCAUGCAGUAUUUCACCCCCUCUUUUUCAUAGGUUUGUCUUAUUUGACAAGGGAUCUUUGUUAGAAAAAAGUUAAAAUUAGUAAUUUCUGAAUUAUAUUCAAACUCUGUUAGGUAAAUUUGUUUAGAAGAACAUGUAGUCUCUUGUAAUAUAACUUUAAAAUGUCCUUUAAGGGGUAUGGUAAGGGGUUAGCUUACCCUAAAUUCUUUGUUUUCUGUGUUGUAAAGAUUUUAUCAAGCAAAUAAUAAACAGUUGCUUUAGUUACUAUACUUUGAGUGAUAGCUGAAAGCCUAAACAUAAUUUAUGCCAAGGCACAUGUGAACAAAGAUCUCUUUCAGUGCUGUUGCAAAAGAAUCCAUGAAUCUAAAAAUGCAGGAACUGUUUUCUACACAGAGUUUUUAAGUUGCAUCUAAAUCUGCAAGUACUAAUUAGUGUCUACAGUCCAGGAAUACACAUAAACCUCAGUGAUGGCCCUGAAACACUCAGUAGUAUGGCACUGCUCUAACCAAACUCUCUUUUUCAUUGUAUCUGCUCUAGGUCUCUCAUACUCCUGGGUCUCAUUCAGUCAUGUGCUAUCACUUAGGAUUGUCCUGCCUUCGAGGAGGAAGAACCUGCUUACUGUAGCAGCAGCUAAUCAGCUGUUGCGUUUAUUACUGUGCCGUCUGCUAUUUAGAGCGCCAGUGAAACUCUAACAUGCUCAUUAACGCAGAACCCCUCCUGUAUGUGGUACAGACGAUUUACUCAAACUGACCUCACCCUCCCACCCACACACAGUAAGACAGCUUUCAGAAGAAUGGCCCCAUGCCUCCAUUCACUGAAGUGUGUGGAGAUGCAAGCUUAGGUACAGCAUACACAAUCUCAAACUUUUGCUUUUGAUCUAUAGCUUAUGUGACAAAAUAUGAGUGCAUCUUGCAUCAAAGAAUUUAUAGCUCAAGGACAUUUUAAGCUUCAUGAGGUCUAAAGGAACUGUGUGGUUUGUGUGGGCUGUGUGCAGAGGGUGGAGCAUGUGUAUAUGGUCAAAGCAAAUAUAGAAGAGCCCAACCGCUCUCCACAGUCUCAGAGGCCCCUUUUUUCCUUGCAAGUAAAAUGAGGCCAUUAAGCUCCACCCUGCAGAUAGACCACCACAUCAGAUAAGAAGAGCGCAGUAAUAUAAACUCCUUUGAGAAUGAAUCAGUGCACCAAAAAAAAAAAAAAAAAAAAUCUAAAUUAAUAUGGUUUUAUUCUUGUCCAAAAUAUUAUUUAACAUUACUGAAUCAACUUGUUUAAAUUAGGUUACAUCAACAAAACUAAUGUUUACGGUUUAAAUCAGGUAGAAAUAGUUAACUAAUGCAUGGUAAUACUUUUUGCGUUGAGAGUACUGUGUCGUUCAGGCAAAUUGUAUUUUUCCAAAUGCUGCCUGUAUCCAUUUAUAUGUAACUAAAAAAGAAAAGAAAAAAAGAAUCAUUUUGAAGUGAUGAUUGUGAUGAAGUGACCAUUUUAUCUGUGCCCCUUGUUUUAAUUACCAUUGAUACUUUUACAUUUAUUCAUUAACAAAUGCUUUUAUCCAAAACAUAUGCAUUGUGCCGCGUCACCCCCUGGGUGGUUUCUACCGCGACCACGUAACACUAUCUUGGUCAUGAGCCACUUCCUCUAUUCAUAUUACUCAACUCCUGUAAAAGGUUUACCUUUAUAGAUUCAGGAGGAGUCAGGUAGGCGUAUAAUAUUUUCUUCUUAGAUUAUAUUAUCUCAGGGUCUACUCUGAUCACUGCCGUACCUCCUAGGCCUACGGUCCAGGUAUCAACCAAGCCUACCUGGGUGGGGUGGGUUAGCCUUCCGUUCAGUGCACCACAGCUGGCUCUUCGCCCUCAGAGGACAGCUAUGCCUGCUAAUGCACUCCCACGGCCCACUCUGUUGCGACUGGUUGGCAACCUUGACUGACUUUGUAAAGUCUGUCGGGAUAUCUUUAUAAAAAUCUAUCUUUUUUCAGACAGUCACUUCUGAUACCCCAAAUGGAGUCUCACUCUACAACAAUAAACAGACUGAGACAAUACUAUCAGAGUUUGAGGGCAGUCCUCAUUCUCAUUUUAUUAUUUCUUGCAAAGGCAAAAGCUAAAUGCACCACUCUAUGCCAGCUAAGCUGGAAGUUCCAUGGGCCAGAUAAAUGAUUACAUUUUAAAGCUUACCCUCCUCUCUAUUCAGUAUAUGUUCUCUCUAAGAAAAUCAGGUGUCUUCUUUGAUCUUCUGAGGCCUGUGGUCUGGCGCCGGCUUCCGCUUGCUGCUUGCUUGUAUGCUCUUACUUUCUUCAGCAAAACUACACAACUACUCCGAGAGCUAAAAAGGCCCCUGUAUUUAUAUUCUCUUUUGACGCACUUUAUCUCUUCAUUUACGCACAUGUGCUCUCUACUUGCAUUAACAUAUUACCUGCAUGCGUCAAUUGCUAUGUUACUUGUCUAUCACCUUUUUUUACU